CUUUUCAUUUGUUAUUAAAAUAAAAAAAGUAACGCUUUCCUUUUUCAUAUAAAAAGUUUUUUUUUUAUAAUCGAUCAUGGGCAAAGAACAGAUUCGAAAGGCUCAUAAGCCAAGAACGAAUCCACUCGGAGUUAGAGUCACUGGUCAACAUGAGAUUGUGAAUCCACCGAUCGAUCUGCAUCCUGAUCAAGUUUUACCAGUGAUACAAAAGUUGUCUUCACCAGACGCAACUGAAAGAGCUUGGGCAGCAGCCAGUAUAUCCAACCUCAUCGUCUCAAGCAGUACAAACCUUAAGUUGUUGCUUUCAAAGGGGGCUGUUGUAGGACUGAUCAAGUUACUGAGUGACGAAAAGCGUGAAGUGGUCGAGGAAGCGCUUGGUACAUUAAGAAACUUGUGUACUGUUGAAUUGGAUGUUUGUCAAGAAUAUGUUCAAUAUGACAUCUUGACACCUUUGAGUAAACUGCUGCCUAAUAUAACUACUGUGAUUAAUGAUGUGAUCAAGGAUACACCUCUAAGAGAUGAAGAAGACCAAGAUAGAAGAAUGGGCAUUUGGGAUGUUGCCGAGAAUUUCAUCUGUAUUAUUUGGAGUUUAGGCGAAUUCUCUGAAAACUAUGUCGAGGCUAUCAACCAAUUGAACCUUGCGGGCUUCUUGAUUUCAUUCUUGUCAUUUAUCGAUCAAUGUCCCACACGCGUUGUCACAGCAGCAGGACAAUGCCUGACUACUCUCACAGAGGACAAUAAAGAGAUGCAAGCUCAGUUCCAAGCACACCCUGAGUAUACGCAGGCACUGUUGAUCACACUUCAAAAGUUUGCACCCAACACGGCACAGCCUCUUGUUUAUGUUCUUGCAUCUGCUACUUUAAUGAAUAUUCGACAUGUUCUCGGACAAUCCCAAGAAGAACUUAAUAAUAUGAUUUUACCUAUUUUGAUCUCUUCAUUAGACUAUGAUAUUCAGACUACAGCGGAAGAAACCAAGGCUGUGAUCCAGAGCGGUAAACUGCAAAAAGAUGAAAUGGAAACCAAACCAAGCGAACCUUUGAACAAGGAAGAAGUCUACAUUCAAGGUGUUACAGAACGCUUGGCUACCUUGCAAUUAGCGUUGGAACUGUUAGCCGCCAUGUGUUCACAAGACGACUCGGAAGAGGAUGGAUGGGAAGACGCAGAUGAAGCUAUGGAUGAAGACGAAGAAGAAGAAGAAAAAGAAGAGAACCUUGAACUUGAAUUGAACGAGACAAGCACGUCAGUGAAUGUAGACGAAGAAAAGAUCCGUUCGAGUCCUGUCGUGAAGGCAUUUACAAUACAAGUCUUUCCCCACUUGAUUCGACUUGCUACUCCGACAUGUUUAUCCUUCCCAGUGGAACCUAGUGUGAUCACUCAGGGAUUAACCCUUACUCAUCAGCGGGCUUUAGAAUGCCUCAAUAAUUUCUUAUUGGCCAUGAGCGAGAUCCCCUCAAAGUUCUGGUUUAAGGAACAGAACGCAGAUGCUGUACAGGCAUGGCGUUGGUUAUUCAACAUGGCACACACGGUGGCAUCAGCACCAGAUUCAGAGCAUAAGCAUGCAGUUCUCGAAACCAUCGUCGGAUGCCUCUGGUGCCUUGGUCGCGGUCUUGGUCAACACAUUCCUUUGGAACCUAAUGAUGUGACAUCCCUGUGUGCUGCGUUUGAUGGAUCCAAUAGUGAAUCAAUGCAAGUCAAGAUUGUAGGAUGCCUAGGCGCAAUUGCUUCAAGACAAGGUGAUGUGAAUACAAACAAGAAUAUUGGAUUGUUUAUCAUGAACAUAUUAAACAACAUACAAUCUCAAAAGACGACGCCUGAUGUGGCUGUAGAAGCACUCAACUUUAUGUUUGAUGUCUAUAGUGAUUGCUCAUUUGAUUAUGAUGUUGUUUAUGUUCAAGGUCAAUUUAAUGAUCAAUUGAAACAGUUAUUACCUUUUAUCAAAUCGAUGGUUAAAUCUGUAGAUAAAAGAAAAAAGUUUGACCUAAGACAUAGAUGUGACGAAGCCCUGAUGAAUUUAGAGGCGUUCAUAAAAUAUAAAUCGUCCGAGCGUAAAUAAACUAAUUUUUUAUAUUUCAGGGUUCAGGGUUCUUUUUUACUUUGUGAAAAUAUAAAGUCGGAAGGCUACGAGAAUAUAGAACAC